AAGGUAAGUAAUGUUGACGUUAGGCGUAGAGUGUUGGGCAAAGAGGGAAAAUCAAUCGACGAGGCUAUAAAGUUACAUAGACUAAGAUGGCUAGGUCACGUGCUGCGCAUGCCUAACCACCGCCUCCCCCGACGGGCAUUACUAGCUGAUAUAGGUGCAGGUUGGAAAAGAGCCAGUGGUGGCCAAACAAAAACAUGGCCUCAUCAAUCCAUGAAAUCCUUGACAGUUAAACUGAGUCAGGUAGGGAGAUGCAGACUUCCGGGUUGGGGCCCUCGGGACUCUAGGAAUCAAUGGCUGGAGACAAUAGGUGACAUGGCUCAAAAUCGUUGUCAAUGGCCAGCGCAGAUGUAUUCAGUCUCUGUAAUCUUUCAUAUUCCUUUCUACCAUUACCCAUUCUGUUUCACUCUUAUACUUGUCAGACUGUAUUGAUUCUCUUCACUCAUCUUCUUGUCUACCUCUGUGUGCUAUUUGGAACGUGGCAACUCGAAGCGCUGCACUUCGGUGCCAAGUUCUAUGUUGAAUCCAGACAGACAGCCCAAGCUAAGUGUCAUGUAUAUCUUGGACUGAUUCCAUGUUUUCUUUCGACCACCACUACUAGCUCUCAUUCAAACGGGUUGAUUCUAUGUCAGCUAACAUUUCCC